AUGCGAGCUCUUUGGACACGCCAAAAUAGGUUCUCUCCUAUAUCCUCGAUUCCCCCAGAGAUCCUUGGUGCCAUUUUCGUUCAUCAUGCUCAGCAGAUGCGGUCACUUUAUUCUCCUGAUACCCCCGCAUUUUUGUCAUGGCUUAUUGUCGGACACAUUUGUCGCCACUGGCGCGAGGUUGCUCUCGGGACUCCGGAGUUAUGGGCUACUCCGUUUUUAAAUUCCUCACAGGCUACGGAGGAGAUGCUCCUGAGAUCCAAAAUGGCUCCGUUGAACUUGAGAACCGGCCUGCGAUAUUGUGUGGUGUCCGUCCAAAGACUCACUGUCCUUGGUAUCAAAGAAUUAUCACCGGAAUGCCUUCCGACUCUGGACGAGUUGAUCUCUGUGCUCCGUUGUAUGCCUGCUCUGCACACUCUCGAGUUAGAAGAUGCUCUCCCGACUCUUCCCCCCCAAACGACGUCACUCCCUUGCACACCUCGUGCCCUGAAUGUUCAACUUCCUCACUUGAAACGAUUACUCUUGGCGGCGAAAAUUUUGGAAGUGGCCAACGUGUUGGCUCGCGUCGAGUUACCUGAUUCGACAAUGUUGGAAGUUCAACUCAGAUGCAGCGCAUUUUCGUCUAUGAAUCCGAAUCAAGAAUGGAAUUUGAGCCUCCCCAUUAUCUCUCGGGCCUUGGAAAGUUGCUUCAAAGCCACUCCGGCCAAGUCUCGCCGAGUUCCGCGUACCCUGCGACUACACACCUUCACUUACAACAUGCUUGUGCAAUAUAGCACAGUCUGGAACCCCUCGUGGGUUCCUGAUUAUUUUCCCGAUUCGCAGUGGACGGUCGUUCUUUACUUCGACUCUGAAAUAAGUACGGCAAUACUUAGUGACCUGUGGCGCCUCGUCCCUUUCAAUAAUCUCGAGGCCUUGUACAUCGAAGGUUUUUUCACUUGCUGGGAUGGUUUUUGGACUGAUUUUCUUGGCCACGGCGCUGCUCGCAAUCUUGCAAAUAUAUACUUGCAAGGAACACGCAGGCUUUUUGAAGAUCUUUUCACAUCCCUGCGCUCACAGAGGCACAGUUUAGCGCGGUCUGCAGUCGGGUGUUCACAACAAGGACAAAUUUUUGCUCCAGCACUCUCCCAUCUCGCCCUUGACAGCGUGGAGUUCGACACCUCGUUUUGGUCUUUUAGGCGGGUCUCUGACCUCUUCGACGUGCUCGUCGAUCGUGCCAACGAAGGUCGGGGACUAGACCACCUGACAAUCACUAGAUGUACGGGUAUCACUACCCAUGACGUGCGGUUGUUACGAGAAGUGGUAGCCAACCUUGACUGGGAUGAAGAUGAUGCCACCGGUUAA